AUGCCGUCUGAACCCAUUGAAGCGCAAUUUUCUUAUCGGCAUCCCGUUCUUUCGGGAGAGCAUGAGGAGGAAUUCAGGACUCUAGAAAUAGAGAAUCUGGAGUCUACCCAGCUAGGUCGAAAGCUAUCUCUCAAACAUCCUGAUGAAGUUACUGUUGUUGCUUCCGAUGGCACUCCUUUACACCGUCCCAGCACACUCCAUGACCUUGAAGAGAUUCAUCUCAAGGAAGGUUAUAAAAUAGUCAAGUUCGAAAAGGGAAAGGGAGAAGAUCCAAGAGAAUGGAGUAAACUCAAAAAAUGGUACAUUACUCUUACCACGUCGAUCCUAUGUCUGGCGGUUGCAAUUGGUAGUUCGAUCGUAACGGGAGACAUGACAGGACCAACGAAGACAUUAGGCAUACAACAAGAAAUUACGAAUCUUACUGUCACUUGUUUUGUUAUGGGCUUUGGAAUUGGUCCUCUGUUCAUGGCACCUCUAUCAGAAGUUGUCGGUCGUCGACCCAUAUACUGCGUCAGCAUGUUUCUCUACUUUAUCUUCACCUUGCCAAGUGCCCUGGCAAAGAAUGCGGCCACUCUGGUCGUCGCGCGCAUGAUCGCCGGUUUGGCUGCUUCUGCACCUAUGUGCAAUGUCGGUGGAAGUAUAGCAGAUGUCUGGGCCAUCGAAGAACGAGGAGUCCCCAUGGCCGUUUUUUCUGGCACUCUAUUCAUCGGCCCCUGUGUAGGUCCUAUGGUUGCUGGUUGGAUCGGCAUGUAUGCCGGUUGGCGAUGGAUUUAUUGGGUCUUGUUCAUCUUCCUCGGCGUCUCCUUUGCCUUGACGCUCUUUAUUCCUGAGUCUCUUGCCCCUGUUCUUUUGCGCCGAAAAGCUGAGGUGCUUAGAAAAUCUACCAAUGACGACCGAUAUCGCACCCUCGAGGAACUCGAAAAACUUCCUUUCAGCGAAACGCUUCAAAUUGCUCUUGUCAGGCCCUUCUUGAUGCUCGUACAGGAACCUAUCGUUAUUUUCAUGAGCUGUUAUCUUUCAUUUGUCUACAGUCUUUUGUACCUGCUAUUCUUUGCUUUCCCUAUUGCUUUCCUUGAAAUUCGUGGAUUUAGCGAGGGUAUGACCGGUAUCACGUUUAUUAGUAUCAUGUUGGGAAUCUUCUUUGCUGGUCUCUUCUUGCCAACUCAAGAAAAAUUAUACGCCAAAGCAACUGCCUCUGGCUCAUUCCCUGAAGCACGUCUCUAUCCAAUGAUGGUCGGAGCCUUCUUCAUGCCCACUGCGCUGUUCAUGUUCGCGUUCACUGGCGCAUACCCAUGGGUGCAUUGGAUCGCGGUGUGCAUAUCUGGCUUUGUCUUCGGAUUUGCAAUGAUUCUGCUCUACGUCUCCGCCAACUCCUACAUCAUUGACUCUUACUCGGACUACGCUGCCUCCGCCAUGGCCGCAAAGACUUUCAUGCGCUCCGAGAUCGGCGCCAUGGUACCCCUCUUCGUAAACCAAAUGUUCCACCAUAUGGGCUUCCAAUGGGCCGGACUGCUCCUUGCUCUGAUUGCAUGCGCCAUCGCGCCUAUUCCGUUUAUCUUUUAUAAGUAUGGUGAACGGAUUAGAUCGACGAGUAAGCGCGCAUCGCAGCUUAGACGUGGUGGUGGCAAUAUUACCAAAGCUUAG